CCGCCUCACCGCCCCCGGCGCGAUCGCCCACGCAGCAGCCAUGGCGGAGAUCGUCGACCCGGCCGCCGCCGCCGCCGGCGGCGAGCCGGAGGAGCAGGAGGAGGCGCGGUCGCUCUCCACGGCCGCGGCGGCGGCCGCGGCCGCGGACGACGACGAGGACGACGAGGAGGAGGGGGACGUGUGCCGGAUCUGCCGCAACCGCGGCGACGACGAGCACCCGCUGCGCUACCCCUGCGCCUGCAGCGGCAGCAUCAAGUUCGUGCACCAGGACUGCCUCCUCCAGUGGCUCGACCACAGCAACUCCCGCCAGUGCGAGGUCUGUAAGCACGCGUUCUCUUUCUCGCCUGUCUAUGCUCAGAAUGCUCCAACCAGACUUCCUUUCCAAGAACUUGUGUUUGGGGUUGGGAUGAAAGCAUGCCACGUGUUUCAGUUUGUGCUCCGGCUUGCCUUUGUUCUCUCAGUCUGGCUCAUGAUUAUCCCCUUCAUUACCUACUGGAUAUGGCGGUUAACAUUUGUGAGAAGUCUUGGUGAAGCACAAAGGCUGUUCUUGAGUCACAUCAGCGCUCAGUUGAUUCUCAGUGAUUGCCUACAUGGAUUUCUUCUCUCAGCUAUCAUUGUCCUUAUAUUUCUUGGAGCUACCUCUUUAAGGGACUAUAUAAGGCACUUGAGGGAACUUGGAGGACAUGAAGCUGACAGGGACGAUGCAGGCCGUGAAAGGCAUGGUGCCCGAGCUGUCAGAAGGCUAGCUGGUCCUAAUAACAGGGUUCCUGGUGCAGAUGGAAAUAUUGAUGACCUGGCUGAAGCCCAAGGGCUUGGUGCUGGGGAACUUCUGAGGAGAAAUGCAGAAAAUGUUGCUGCUCGAUUGGAAAGACUAGAGGCCCAAGUUGAGCAGAUGUUAGAUGGUCUGGAUGAUGCGGAUGGUGCGGAGGAUGUUCCUUUUGAUGAACUUGUUGGUAUGCAAGGGCCAGUAUUUCACUUGGUUGAGAAUGCAAUUACGGUUUUGGCCAGCAAUGCUAUAUUCCUCAUUGUUGUGAUCUUCGUACCAUUCUCAUUGGGAAGGAUUGUCCUGUAUUAUCUAUCAUGGUUUUUCUCUUCAGCCUCCAGUCCUAUGCUGGCUAGGGUGAUGCCAUUUACGGAAUCUGCUAUUUCUUUGGCUAAUGAAACAUUGAAUAGUGCUUUUAAUGCCAUGAAGAAUUUCUCUUCCGACAGUCACAAUGAAGGUGUUAUUGGGCAUGUGAUUGAGGUGGUUACUCAGUCCUUGAAGAUAAAUGCCACUGGUCUUGCUGUAAUGCAGGGCACUGGGAAGAGCAGUCUGGUGAAAGGAACAGCUAUUGGCUCAUCUUAUCUUUCAGAUCUGACAACUCUUGCUGUUGGAUACAUGUUUAUCUUUUGCCUUGUCUUUUUGUACAUUGGAUCACUGGCUUUACUUCGAUACGCCCGUGGAGAACGUUUUACUAUUGGAAGACUUUAUGGCAUCGCUGCAAUACUAGAGGCCAUUCCAUCUCUAUGCAGGCAGUUCUUUUCUGGAAUGAAGCAUCUCAUGACCAUGGUCAAAGUUGCGUUCCUUUUGGUGAUAGAACUCGGAGUAUUUCCCCUUGUGUGUGGUUGGUGGCUUGAUGUCUGCACUCUUAAGAUGUUGGGUACAACAAUUUCUCAAAGAGUUGAAUUCUUUACGAUGUCACCCUUGGCGAGCUCCUCGAUCCAUUGGCUUGUUGGGAUUGUAUAUAUGCUCCAAAUAAGCAUAUUUGUCAGCCUUCUUCGAGGGGUACUGCGGAAUGGAGUUCUUUACUUCUUACGGGAUCCUGCUGAUCCAAAUUACAAUCCUUUUAGGGACCUGAUCGAUGAUCCUGUGCAUAAACAUGCUCGACGAGUCCUUUUAUCUGUCGCUGUGUAUGGAAGCUUGAUUGUGAUGCUGGUCUUCUUGCCUGUCAAACUGGCCAUGCGAGUAGCUCCUAAAACUUUUCCUCUGGACAUUACCAUUUUUGACCCUUUUACCGAGAUUCCAGUUGAUGUGCUUCUGUUCCAAAUAUGCAUCCCAUUUGCGAUUGAGCAUUUCAAGCCUCGGGCAACUAUUAAAGCUCUGUUGCAUCAUUGGUUUGCUGUGAUUGGCUGGGCACUAGGCUUAACAGAUUUCUUACUACCAAAACCUGAAGAAAAUGCUGCUGGGCAAGAGAACUGGAAUGGCAGGGCAGAAAGAAGAGAUAGAGUACAUGGUGGGAUGGAAAUGGUAGCCCCACAGCUUGAGCAGCGUAUGAUUCAGCAUGCUGCCAUAGAUAAUGAUGGUAGGGGUAAUGCAAAUGAAGCCAAUGACAUUGCUGAAGAAUCUGAUGUAGAUGAUCAAGGAGAUUCAGAGUACAGUUUUGCACUCCGUAUCAUACUCUUGCUUAUACUGGCAUGGAUGACGCUACUCAUAUUCAAUGCUGGAAUGAUUGUUAUUCCUAUCUCACUUGGUCGUCUUGUUUUUGAGGCUGUUCCCCGCCUGCCAAUCACACAUGGCAUCAAGUGCAAUGAUCUGUUCUCUUUUAGCAUCGGUUGCUAUAUUAUCUGGAGUGCAGCAGCUGGAACCAGAUAUGCAGUUGACUACAUUAGAUCACGACGUCUGGGCUUCCUGGUACAACAGAUCUGCAAGUGGUGCUCUAUUGUCCUGAAGAGUUCUGCUCUCCUGUCAAUAUGGAUCUUCGUUAUCCCCGUGCUGAUUGGACUCCUUUUUGAGCUGCUGGUGAUUGUACCCAUGAGGGUGCCUAUUGACGAGAGCCCAGUUUUUCUGCUGUAUCAGGAUUGGGCACUUGGAUUAAUAUUCUUGAAAAUUUGGACUAGACUGGUGAUGCUGGAUCAAAUGGCACCUUUGGUUGAUGAAAGCUGGAGGAUGAAGUUUGAGAGAGUAAGAGAGGAUGGCUUCUCCCGUUUGAAAGGUCUAUGGGUCCUGCACGAAAUCAUUACCCCCAUCAUCACGAAGCUCCUUACUGCUCUAUGUGUCCCAUACGUCCUUGCAAGGGGUGUGUUCCCGGUGCUGGGCUACCCACUGAUCGUGAACUCGGCAGUCUACCGUUUUGCCUGGCUCGGGUGCCUGAUAUUCAGCACGCUCUUCUUCUGCGGCAAGAGAUUCCACGUCUGGUUCACCAACCUCCACAACUCCAUCAGGGAUGACCGCUAUCUCAUUGGCCGGAGGCUGCACAACUUUGGCGAGGACUCCCGUCGGUCGAACGAACCUGAUGAGACUCCAGGUUCAUUAGAGGACGACCUUGCGCUGAUCCCUCUAGAUCAUCAGGACAAUGACGACGUCGGGCUGAGGUUCAGGGGCAACAACCGUCAUGAAGACGCGGGGGUGGUUGUCGGUUAAGCAGGAGCUUGUGACCGGCAUUGUAGAGUGAAUGAGUUGCCCUGUAGUGUUAGGGUAGUAGGCAAGCAUUGUUGUACAACACACAUAGUAGCGAGGGGAAUAAGCUAGAUAGAAGGAUUUCGUGCCGAAAGCUGAUGGUCAACUGCCUCUUUUUUUGUUCCUGUGGUAGUCGUUGCUGAAUGUAUAUAUUGGCGGAGCACCUAAGAAGACAUAACCUGAUGUUGUUCUGAUGUAAUGUGUAAGGAUAAAUCUGAUUCGACACUGGUGUAAUGGCUGAUGUUUCACGUUGGACCUA